AUGAUUCAUUUGGAACUCGUCCGUUCCUUAACCGCACCAAUGGAAUCUCACAUUUUAUCCCAUAGAGUACUAAAUAUCUGUUUAAUGAAGGUAUUUAUGACAUCUGAUCAUUUCCAACUUGGAUUAAGUGUAGCAUUUAUUCUGGAUGGCAUGAAGAAUAUGUCAUUUUAUCCAUUUUCAAUGCAUUUCUUGCAAUUAAGCAACGAGGAUGGCAAACGAUUGUUCAAGCGACAACACUAUCAAUUCAUUUUUAUAUCGAAUGAUUUUAUCAGUGCGUUAGAUCUGAAACACCAAUAUUAA